AUACAAAAAUUGUUAAGUAGUCUUGGAACGAAAUGGUUGUGUAAAAACUGCUGUGGUGCAGAAUCUAGUGGGAAGAUAGUGUUUGUGAUUUCCUGGAUUUUUGUGUCUUUAUCAAAGGUGGCUGUAAUUUCUCGAUC